AGGCUGAACUCGUCGACAUGAGGGCCGAAUUGGUGCAAGCAAGAGCCGCUUCAGCAGCAUCUGGAUGUUCAGGUGGAUGCCAGGAAAGCGGUGACGCCGCAGGGAACGUGACGGACGCGGCACGAGCGCGUUCCGAGGCUGCACAACUAGCGCGGGAAAACGCGGCGCUAAGGGAAACUGUGCUUGCAUUACAUUCCGAACUCUUCGGAGCUAGACUGGCCACAAAGUACUUGGACAAGGAACUAGCGGGUAGGAUACAACAGUUGCAGCUACUCGGCAGGGAUAUGCGCGCUGAACUACGAGAUUCUCUGUGGGCUCAGGUGGAGGCAGAGAUCCUGGUGCAGCGCCACAAGACGUUGGUGCGCGUGUGUCGCGGCGCGGGCGCGGCGCGGGCGUGCGGGCGGCCGGCCGGCGCGGCGCCGGCGGCGCGCCCGCUCGCGCGGACGGUGCGCGUCAGGCGCUCGCCACACCUCGGCCUCGGCAUCUCCGUCACUGGUGGUCGUGAACAUGGUGUGCCGAUCCUAAUCUCCGAGCUAGAGGCAGGCGGGCCGGCCGCACUGACGGGGGAACUCUAUGUUGGGGACGCCAUACUCGCCAUCAACGAUGUCGACCUCACACAGGCGUGUCACAAAGAAGCCGUGCAGGCGCUGCAGAGUGUGAAGGGAGACUGCGCGCUCUGCGUGCAGUUCAUCGCCACCGACGAUGACGAUAGACUGUCUGAGGACAAUUAUAGGUUCCCCCUGUACCCGGAGGACGGCGAGGUGUUCGGUGGGGAGCAGGACGGCUCGGGCGCCACGCCCACUGCACCGCGCACUCCUGACUAUAACAGACGCACCUCAGACGCGGGCUCGGGCAGCGAGUGCGAGUCGGAGCCGUACCGCGCCGCCCCGCCCCCGCCCGCCAACUACCCCGACUACAACAACAUCAACAACAACCUCAACAUACUCGACAUGGACGACGACUCCAUCAAGAUCGAGGCCAGGCUUGAGUGGUCGGGCGCGGAGGGCGCAGUGGUCGGGGCAGGACGCACACUGGUCGGGACGGGGCGCGCAGUGGUCGGGACGGGGCGCGCGCUGGUCGGAGCGGGGCGCGCGACGUCGUCCGCGGAGUCGGCCGCGUCCACGCCGGUGCACGCGCGACCCAAUGCACUCAAGAAGAAACGCAAGCCCCAGGACUGGCGUACUAAGGGUGCGUAUAGACCCGUGGAGCUAGAGGCACCCUCCUCAGACGAACCUCUAACGGAAGCACCCUGCGAUAACCUGCCAGUCUCCGAUGGAGUACCAGAGUCUCCCAUAGCACCAGUUCCACCGCCGCAGAUAGUGCAGCCACUCAUCGACAUUGAACCCAAAGACACCAAGCCUAGCAAACCAAACGGCGAUAUCAAACCCCUCAGAAGAGAAUCUAAAGGAUUUAGGAUAGGGUCCGCGCGGAGGGUGACCGAGGGCGCGCCGCUAACGAACGGUGAGGUGGAGCGAGCCAAGUUCCCGCCGCGGCUACUGGCCGGGGACGGGGACCCCGACUUUGGGACCCCCGUGUGA